UAAUACAAUUUGGACCGAUGAUCUCUUAUGUAUUUUAUGGGAUUAAAACUACGUUACGGCUUAUUGAAAUUGGAUUUAAAUAGCUUAUUGACACUUUAUCUACGUGAAGUAUUUAAUAAAAUUUAUAUCAUUUCACUUGUAAUAUUAUAUAAACCACGAAAACUGGAAUAUGGGGUUAACUUAAUGUGAUUUCAUUUCAUAAUUUACGGCUUCGAACCUGAUAACAAUUGAGUGUUUUUAAGUCGUUGUUUUAAGGAGCGUGUCUCUUGGAGACGCUUAAAUAAUAACAACCGAGUAAUUCCAAAUGAACGUAUAAAUUUUAAAGUUACCUUAUCGCAUGAAAAUAUAGCUACUUAUCUCUUAUUCGAUUUUAUUUCCAAAGCAAAUAUUUUUAAAAAAGAAUAUCUUUAAAUUACAUUUAAUGUAAAGUGACACUUGAUCAUACAAGUGUAUUUUAAGAGGGUAUUUUGGUAUAUUCGAUCUAUUUGAAGUUGUUAAAAUUUAAAUAAAAGUGAGCGUUUGUGUGUAUGAUGACAGUUUAAAAACAUUAGCUCUUUGACUGCUUAAAAUUAGAAUAAUAUCUCUGACUGCAACAUGAGAUCUUGCCUAAGAAUAGCGAGGACGUUAUGCAAACCUAUAAGCUCAUCUUUUUCUGGAUUUAAAAAGGAUGUGUAUUCUGUGACUUGUGUUGUGUCCAACUCUAAUGUGUCGGAAAUAUAUCAGAAACCGAAAACAUGUAGUGAACGGAUCAGGAACGGCAACGCAGCUCUAGCUCUUCCGUUUAAGGUAGCGAAAAGUGGUCGAUUACAUUUAUAUUUUCACAAACUGAGUCAGGACUACGGUUCGAUCACCAAAUUCAAGCUGCUAAGAAAGAACAUUUUUGUGUUAAAUACGUUUGAAUCCGUAGAAAAGUUACUUGAGCUGAACGGACAUGCGAACGGACGGUCUAGCCCGUUUUUCCAGUAUUACGUAUUUCAAAAUAAAGGAUUUUCGUUUGGGGAUUUCACAGACGUUGGUGAAAGGCAAAAAGAAAUUUUGAAAAACUGUUUACAUUAUGAAAUCGUCCAUUCAAGAAACGUAAUUUUGAAAGAAAUAGAUGGAUUUAUUUUUGGGCUUCUCAAUGAAAAUAAAAACCUGAACAUUGAUUACAUUCGUCUGUUUCUUAGCAACGUUUUUAGCAGACAGUUAGCGGAAAUGGUUUCCAACGUUAUUUCUAUAUUGUCGGGAACGGUUCAGUUGAUGAAUAAAGUAGGGCCUAGGGUUGCUUGCUAUAGGCCAAAGAAUCUUACACUUCCGGGACCAAAAGGGCUCCCUAUUAUUGGAAAUAGUCAUCAAAUGGAUUCUAGUCAAAUUGAAAAGAUGUGCACUAAAUGGAGUAAAAUUCAUGGAAAUUUGUUUCAAAUUAAACUUUUUGGAAAACCUGUUGUCGUGAUUUCUGACGCGGAUCUUUUACGGAAAGCGUUUUCUAGUCAAAAUUUAAGCAAUCAUUUGAAUGACAGGUCUGUAAAUGUAACUAGUCACGUGUUCAAAGGCAGACGACAUGUAGGGUUUGCUGAUUUGAGUGAAAAGACGAUGUCAUUACGAAAUAUUCUCAGGAAAAAUGUUUUACGUUACCAAAUGAAUGACGAGGUUUUUCAAAAGUGUUCACGAGUUGCAAUAGAAAACUUUGUAGAAAAAUGUAGCCGAAGAUCAACAGAUGACAAAAACCUGCAUGAUCUUAUAAAGGAAUAUUUUACUGACUUGCAUUCAAUAAUGCUCAUUGGAGAGACUUUGCCAGUAGACGAUCCUGACUCAAAAUUGCUAUGGGAACUGAUCGACCAUUUGUACACCCUCCUUGAACCAAGUAUAGACGCACCGUUGAGAGUGUUGCCAUUUCUUAGAUUCCUACCAGGCAAAUAUAGAAAUAUUUUCAGAGAUACAAUCAAAGCAAGGGAUGGCGUUGCUAGGAGAUACUUCGAUACCCAGAAAAGCACGUACAAGGAAGGUCGGGUCCGAGGGUUGGUUGACGUUUGUUUGAAGAUACAGCAAGAAGAGAUGCAGACUAAAGGUGAAAGCUGGCUCACUGACGAUUACAUCAAGGGCCUCAUGUAUGAUACUGUAGCUGCAGGAAUGUCGGAGAUGAUGAAAAGCAUACGCAUGCUUAUUUUGUUGAUGUGCCAUUACCAGAAUGUUCAAUCACGUGUUCACACAGAAAUUGAUGACGUCAUUGGAACGACAUCAAUCCCAUGCUCCUCUCACCGGAACAAGAUGCCAUACACGGAAGCAGUCCUACUCGAGAUGUUGCGAUAUGUGAGUCAAACACCAUUAGCUAUACCACAUAAGAGUAACAAAGACGUUGUCCUUGACGGAUAUUUAAUUGAGAAAGAUUCAGGGAUAUUUCCCAACAUUUGGGGCAUUCACCAUGACGAGAUUGUAUGGGGCGAUCCUUGGGUGUUCAGACCGGAGAGAUUUUUGACAGAAAAUGACCAACUUUUGCCCGCAGACCAUAAAUUAAGACGAACGUUAAUUCCGUUCUCAGUUGGGAAGAGGCGUUGUCCCGGUGAGGAUUUCGCAAUGUCUCGGUUGUUCCUGCUGUUCACGUCCAUGUUACAGAGGAUAGAGUUCUCUCCUCCUGCUGAAGAGGAACUACCCUCGGCAGACCCUCGGCUGUAUACAAACAAAUAUCCUCUUCUUCUGCCGGUGUUCACGUGCAGAGCACUACCAAGGGAGGCAAUCUGAGAAGAAAAUUUUGUACUCUCGUCGACGGAGUUACGAAAGUUUGUCAAGCGGAAUGCCUUGGAGAGAUACAUUGUCCUUGCGGACAUAUUUUUCAGAAUCAAAAGAGGCGAUGAGCAUUAUAGAAACCCGUGCAUGUAUUGUCUGGAACAUUAGAAAUCUUGCAGGCAACGUCAAAAGUAUUAAUAUUGAUGCAUUCAACUACGCAUUUUGUUUCGUUUAUGUUUCAUGUCUAUUUAUUUAUAUGCUAAUUAAUUUAUUUAAUUUUACAUAUUUGUACUAUUCAAUGUAUAUGUGUUAAUUUUUAAGGUACUGUGCUGUUUCAGCCGAUUUCGGUGGUAUUUUAUUUAUUUACUUUUCGGGGCUGAGACACACAAUACAUUUUUUUAAUAUAAUGUGACAUUUUUGUUUGCUUUACAAAUUUUAAACUGUUACUAACAAUGUGGAGUUGUGAUUUCGAGCUUGUGAUAUUUUCGAGUUAGUUAUAUUUUCGGACUAGUCAUAUUUUCGGACAAGUCAUUAAGCAAAACUUCACAACAUGGUUAGUAACAGUUGCAUUUAAAAGAGCUCUUCUUUUGCUUUACGAAACAAAAGAGGCAUCAGAAUACGGCAUUAGUUGAUUACAAUGUUUAAAGCAAACGGUUGUGUAAUCGAUUGUCUUUUGAAGAAAAAUUAAACAGAAGAAAAGA